AUGGAUUCAAGCUGCUGCUGUGGCUGGGCCCGGCUGCUGGAGCUCUGGGGCGAACCCGCCCCACAAGAAGAUCACAGCCCGCUGAAGGUGAAUGUAUCCCUGUUGAGCGGUCAAGAGCUCUGCCAUUUGGUGGUGGACCGCGCCUGCACUGUCGAGCUCUUGAAGCACCGGAUCCAAAGUGAGACCGACAUCCCGCAGACGAGGCAGCACCUCCUGCACGCAGAGCAAACGUCGCCACUCCCCGAGACGGCCUCCUUGGAGCUGUUGGCGGAGGCGGUGGGAGGGGAGAAGUUGGUGCAGCUGCAACUCAUUCAGUCGCACCGCCGCGCGAACUCUGACCGCCGCCCGCCAAAGGAGGAUGGAACUGUUCUGCGCAGGGCCAUCGCGAACCAUGACGUGGAGCAGUGUUUGGACCUUCUCUCCUUGGAAGACCUGCCAGGUAUCAACGACAAGGAUUCCAACGACUGGACCCUUCUCCACCAUGCAGCCUGGUGUGGGCUGAAGGAGGUGUGCGAGUGCAUCCUGGAGCGUGGCGACUUCCGGGAAGCCGACGCCCACGACCUCUCCGGGCUCACGGCCCUCCACUGUGCGGCCAGCCGGGGACACCUCGGGGCUGCUCUCGUCCUCGUCGGCAGCGACGCGUUCACGGUGGUCAACUCCGCCUAUGCCCAGAUCGAUCGCAACGGCGUGGGCUGGAGUGCGCGCGACAUUGCCGUUCGUUACGGCCACAUGCUCAUCGUGAGAGCAAUAGACGAGAUGGACGAGCGCGAGCGCAUCAAGAAAAGCGCCGACGCGGAGGAUGCUGCCGGCGAGGGCGGCGAGGCGGCCAAGGAGAAGUCCGCGAAGUCGAAGCGCAGCGCGGAGGAGGACGCGGACGCCACCGCCUUCGAUGCGGCAGCCGAUGACGCGGAGGCCAAGGACGACGAGGUGGAUCCGAAGGCAGAGCCCCAGGCCGAAGCGUCGUAA